AUGCCACCAAAAAAGGUACAUUCAGCUAAAGGUCAAGUAGGUCUGGAGCGUCAACUAAAAGCUUUGAAAUUAAUGCUCAUUGAGAGAAUUAUUGAAUCAAAAGAGAAGAAAUUUACCUCCAAAUAUCGAAUGGUUAAGCAUUUUGAUAGAAAAAAAGUUGAACGUGCAAUAAAAAAGGCUGAAAGACAGGUUUCAGAAGCUCAAACUCCACAAGAGAAAGAAAGCUCUAAACAGAAGUUAUAUGAAUUACAGAUAGAUUAUAAUUACAUAAUGUAUUUUCCGAAAGGUCGUAAAUAUAUGUCACUUUAUCCAACGACAGAUGCCGAUAACCCUAAUAUGAUCUCCAGGAGAAACAAAAUUAGGGAGCUUAUAAGAGAGGCAAUGGAAAAUAGCGAAUUGGAUUCUUUAAACAGGCAUCUUGAACAAAGUCAAUAUAAGUUGAUUGAACUGACACCAGAGAUCGCUGCAUUGUUCGAUGAAAUUCGCAUACAAGGUGAAGAAUUCCCAAGUUUAUGCAUAAAGGCUGCUUUGCCUCACGAAGAGCCUAUUUUAUGUACCAAAGAUAAGACCUUUACUAUACGUAAACAGCAUUAUAGUAAUUCCCUACUCUUAUUAUCGCCUUCACUUACUUUUGUACCAAAUGUACGAAAUCGUCAAAGAGAUGAAGUUAAUGACGUUGACAUGAUAGAUGAUUUCGAAAAAAUUAGCAAUGAUGAUUCUGAACGAGUAAAUCAGAUAAACAUUGACGAGUCAGAAGAAUCAUCAAUUUUACGUGCAUUUGAAGUAGUUGACGUUCUAAAUUAUUUUUGUGAAUUAACUUUAUCUGCACCAAAGAUUGAGCAAUUAAAUGAAUUAUUACAACCUACUAUAUACAAAGGGCCUGAGGAAGAAUCUGGUUAUAAAGAUAAAAAAUUUUACACUUUUGAUGAGUUGGAUAAUCUUGUGCAAGCCAGUGUAAAAGAAUUAAAACAGGCUCUUGAAAGUAAAUUUGCAUUGGAGAUUGAUGGCUAUUGGAGAUAUAUUGACCAUGAAUAUGUGUACGAUAUAUUUAGUACGAUUCUUUCAUUUAUUGAUCUAUUUUCUGCGCAAUUAGAGAGUAUAUCAUUAAAAAAUGCUUGCGAUGCGGUUAAUGGAUAUGGUCAUCCUAAAUUUAUAAUUCAACAUAUUUUUGAAUGUUUUUCUGAAUCAAUUGAUUUUACGGAUGAGUCAAAUCCAAUUUUCAAAUUAUCCAAAGAAAAAGUUUGUCGAUUCUUUGGAAUUCACGUGUUAAAAGACAUGGAUAAGUUAUACAAUGAACGUAUACCCCUCGAUUUAUUUUUUGAAUCAUGGGAUAAAGCUGUUCCUUUCGAGGACAAUGCAAUUAUUUUCAAUCACUCCUUAAACCAUUUAAUUGGAAGAUCAAAAAAAAAUCAACUAAUUCGAUACUUUCCAGUCUCUAAAUUAUCAUCGAGUCCGAAACAAAGAUUUAAGCAAUUGUUUUCAAUAAAAUCUGAAUGGAGGGAAGAUUUUAUUAAACCUUUUUUAGUCGACUUUUGUUUAGAUAGUGAUAAAUUCUCUACGAAAAAAUUCAAUGAAUUAUUACUAGAAUAUACAAAAAUUUUAUAUUUGGAAGGUAGAAUUUAUAGGGAAGAAGGUAUGGUAUUUUAUACUUCUAAAUGGCCUAUUAGUUUGAUUUAG